AUGUUGGGGGGAAGUUAUUUGAGGGUUUUUAUGGGGAAGGGGAUUUUGAGUUUUGGGAGGGGGUGGGAGGGGUUGGAGGGGGUGGCGAUGUAUAGUGGUGUAAGGGAGGGAAAAGGGGUUAGCGAGUGGAAGGAGAGGCUGAAAGGAGAAAUAUAA